GACUCUCUGCAUUAAUCCAAUCGGUGAAGAAAGUGAAAGUGAAAGAACAAGUUCUCUCCCUGCUCCUUCUGCGAUGGAUUACCGAUAGCGUAACCGCCAAAAAAGUUGUCGCCGAUCUCUCCGUACCGUCCCGCCGGCGACGCCUUGCCGGAACCCUAGCUGACCCCCUCUCCUGUUUUUCUUCUCACUGUGUUCUGUUCUGCUUCUCCGACUUCUAAUAGUUGGUACUUUAUUGCUGUGCGAGAGAGAGAGGGGGGGAGAGAUGUACGUGGUUCCUCCACCUCAGAGAUCCGGGUCGAAUUCCGGAUCUAUAGACGGGUCGGAAGUGUUAAGGAUUUAUCAGACCUGGAAAGGCAGCAAUAAAUUUUUUCUUCAGGGGAGGUUUAUAUUCGGACCAGAUGUAAGAUCGCUGGCACUCACUAUAUGCCUUAUUGUUGCCCCAGUCACCAUUUUCUGUGUCUUUAUUGCCAGAAAACUAAUGGAUGAUUUUUCUGAUGACUGGGGAGUAUCAAUAAUGGUUGUUGCUGUUGUAUUCACCCUUUAUGAUUUAGUUCUCCUCUUCCUAACCUCUGGAAGAGAUCCUGGUAUAAUUCCUCGCAAUGCACACCCUCCAGAGCCUGAAGGCUAUGAUGCAAGUGCAGAAGUUGGAGGUGGCCAAACACCACAGUUACGCUUGCCUCGCAUUAAGGAAGUGGAGGUCAAUGGGAUUACUGUGAAGAUCAAGUAUUGCGACACCUGCAUGCUCUAUAGACCUCCUCGCUGCUCUCACUGUUCAAUUUGCAAUAACUGUGUGGAACGAUUUGAUCACCACUGCCCUUGGGUCGGGCAGUGUAUUGGGCUGCGGAACUAUCGGUUCUUCUUCAUGUUCGUAUUCUCGACUACUCUUCUUUGUAUAUAUGUUUUUGCCUUCUGCUGGAUCUACAUUAGAAGGAUCAUGGAAGCAGAGGAAACAACAAUUUGGAAAGCAAUGACCAAGACUCCUGCCUCUAUUGUGCUAAUAAUAUACACUUUCAUCUCUGUGUGGUUUGUUGGUGGCUUAACUGCCUUCCAUUUAUACCUUAUCAGUACAAAUCAGACUACUUAUGAGAAUUUUAGAUAUCGAUAUGAUAGGCGUGCCAACCCCUACAACAAAGGAGUAGUGCAGAACUUUGGGGAGAUAUUCUGUGCUGGUGUUCCCCCAUCCAAGAACAACUUCAGGGCAAAGGUGCCUAGGGAACCUGGGUUACCAGCUCGAUCGGUUGGUGGGGGUUUUAUCAGUCCAAACAUGGGAAAAGCCGUGGAAGAUAUUGAAGUGGGCAGAAAAACUGUGUGGGGAGAUAUGGUGGCCGGUGCAGAUCCUCGCGAAGGACAGAUUUCCAACAAUGAUGGUUUGAACAUCAAGGAUGGUGGAAUGGGCGAAUUGUCCCCAGAGAUAAGGACUACCGUGGAUGAGGGAGACCGUCCUGGAAUUCAUCCAAGACGCUCUAGUUGGGGAAGGAAGAGUGGUAGCUGGGAAAUGUCACCUGAAGUUAUAGCUUUGGCAGCUCGAGUAGGGGAAUCGAAUCGCUCAGGAGGUGGCAGCAGCAGUAGCAGCAACUUGGCGGCCGGGAACCGGCAUGUGGACUCAAAGCCGUGACAGAAUAGCCAGAAACUGGAAAGGCAAAGAUUAAUUCGAUUGCUGGAUUUGGAGUUUGGACAGUCGAAGCCUGGGUCUUCUUCACGUUAUUUUUUCUUGCAGGAUAUAGCCGGAUUUGCUUUCACAGGGUGUUUCCGAAGUAAUGGUUUGGCUAUUGUGGUUUUAGGGAAAGAAUGGUUGUUGUGUUCCAAGAGGGUUUUCUUUGUUUUUGGGUUUCGAUUUUCAUUUGGGGAGGUUUUUUUCAGUCCUGAUAUUAUAUUUGCAUUUGUGGAAUUAGUAGCAGCUAGUGUCUAAUUGUUCCGACUUCCACUGACAAAGUUGUACAUGGAAAUGGUUAAAUGGAAUCUCUUUGCUUUGCCUUGGGAGUGGGCUGGGAUCACUGAAAUUGGGUUGUCUAAAGCGGUGCAUCCCCUAACCCUAGAAAUUUUAUUGAUGAAAAAAUUUCAUC